AUGCACCAACCGACCCUCCUUAGUCUCGCCAGAAGACUCAAUUGGGUCUCCGUUGUCGUUAAACUCGAUGAACUCGUUGAGUCUGACCUGGAACGAACCCAGGGUUCUGUCUGGAGUGGAUCUUUGCACAUCCAUAGCCUCAAUGGUGACUCUCUGGUUAGGAGAAGCAAUAGGAACGUAGAUAGACUGGUUGUACACCGGGUUUGUAGUGGAGUCUCUGGUCAAUGUUCUGCCUCUCUGGAUACCGUUGAUCAUAAUUCUAAUGUAUGGAUCGAUAACACCAAUCUUCUCCAAGUUGAUGAGGUUCUCGGCCUUGCCGAUGUUGAAGCGAACAACACCAAAUGGCUCUGUGUAGCCCAUGGCGCCUGGCACGUCGGUCAUGGCAACAGAACUCCAGUUACAGGUCAGUCUGACCUCUCCCAAACCCUUGGUCAACGAAAGCCAUUCAUUUCCAACGUAGGAUGCAUCAAUGAUAUCGGUAAGUUUGAAAGUUGCCGAGCCAACCAGCUUCUUGGCAGAGUCUCUGAGAAUGACUCUAACCUUGCAUUUGGACCGGUUGUAGACGAUUUGGUCGUGUGUAAGGUUCCAGGAAGCCUCCUUGCUCUUCUUGACCAGUCCCGAAGUGAGCUUGAGUUCUUUGUCGACCAACACCUCGGCAAACACGUUUCCUGGCUUUUUGUCGUCCUCGUUGUAUGCUCUGGCUCCGAGCAGUUUCAGAACAACAACACCAGUGUUAAGGUCUGGAGGUGGCGAGUACGAUCCAUCUGGCAACUUGAAUCCUUGCAGAGUCUUCAUCAGCUUCAAAUCGAUCGAAACCUCGCCUGCUUCUCUGUUGUUUCUCAAAAUUGGCAGGUUGAUAUUUCUGAUUUCUCCCUUGAGCAUGAUCUCUUCCAAAUCGUAAAGAACGCAUCCCAUCAUCUUGUCCUUUCUGCCGUCACUCUCGUUCUCGUCGUACAAGGUGAUGUUCAAUGGCUCAGAAGAAGACUUGAGCAUAACGUUAAUCUUCUCGUUCCAGACAGGAUCCAUGGUGUCUGGAAUAACCUUGGACUUGGCCAGAACCUCGCUACCGAAACCGAAUGUAAGAUACGGAUCGAUAGUGUUGUUGAAAGUGUCUGCUGCUUUGAGACCCUUGGCGUGUUUGACGUUGACCUGCAAGAUACCCAGGGCACCGUCCAAACCGUUACCGUUCAGCAAUUGUUCAAGAUUAAGUUGGAAAGACAGCGGAUCGAACACCAUUGGGCCGGCGAAUUUCUUGACAAGCUCGUUGAUGGUCAUGAACAAACCAGGAAUGUUAAGAACCUCAAACGAGAAAAUGGAGUCUCCGCCAAACGGUUUGGCAAUGAAGUCAAAGUGAGGAGCCUCCAUCAAGGAGACGUUGACUGUCUGGAUGUGCGGGAACUUGGCCUUGACAAUAAUGCUUUGGUUGACGUAGUUCUUCAACUGUUUGGAGGUGGUGUCUUCCAAAGCGUUCGGGUUCAAAGAGACCCACCAGUCCAUCACGGUGACAUCGUCAUCAGUACGGUCCAAAGUACGCACCUUGUCAAUUCUUGGAGCUUUGGUACCCAAAGUGAAUGUAUGGAUCCAAACCUGUUUGACAAAAGCAGGAAUUGGCAGACCAGCCAUGAUCGCAUUGGCCUGGUCACAGACCAUCUGCGCAGCGGUUGGCUCAAUAAACCGCCAGUAACGGUCCAAAAACACGUUCAGCCAGUCCAUCGACUCGAAAUCAUCUUCAAUAUGAUUCACAGAAAAUUCUCUCUGUGCUUGGAGUCUGAUGGACAUUCUGUACUUUCUGAUGGACGACCGUCUCCGUUCAAGCAAUUGGACCUUGUCGCCGACGCUGAUCGUGUAUCCGUGCUGGAUCUGCACGGCAUUCACACCAAAAUAAGACUGGAACGGGUUGCCCACGUCGAUUCUGCGGAAUUUCGCCAACGUCCGCGAAACAGGGUGUUUGCUAUGCACCUUACCUUUUUCAAAGUCGAUGUUUGGUAUCACGCAGCGGGGACAUUUCGACGCGACGAUCCACUCGCGUCCGUUGACGGUGAAUCUGUACCAGUCGUCGGUGUCGAAGGGCCUUUUUGGACCCUCGAUCAGGAUAUUAGGACGGAAAUGCGUAGAACUGGUCUGGAAGUCUGGCCCGAACCCUUUCACCAGCCGUUGGUUCAAAUCGUCGAUAUCCGACUGUGA